UGCUAAACCGAUAACUGUAAUCAAUGACGACGUACCCGUUCCAUUCACCACUCCCAACUGCCGUCAUUGCUUUCCCAUUUAUUUCCCGACCUCCUCAAAAACCUCCAUUUUUACUUCUCUGAAUUGAGUCUCCCACCAUAAUCCAAGCUCCGUUUUUACUUCCCCUGCUCUCAAGAUGCAAGAUCCGUCAUACCCAAAGCCGCCGUUCGCUCAACCGGCGCCCGCAUUCCGGCAGUCCCACCACCGGCGAGCUCACUCCGAAGUCAACUUCCGUCUCCCGGAGGAUCUGGGUUCUGACCCGUUUGAUGCCGCCAGCUUCGAUGAUACUGGAUCCGAGGACGAUCUCUUCUCCACCUACAUGGACAUCGAGAAGCUCGGCGCCGGAUCAGGCGCCGGCGGGGAUUCUCCGGCGGCGGGGAUCGAGAAUGCUGGCGGCGGAGCGGUGGAGGAAAGUGGGAAUGGAGGGUUGAAGAACCCGAACCGGCCGAGGCACCGCCAUAGCAACUCGGUGGAUAGCUCAAGCUUGCUGCUUGGGGAAGGAGGGAUAAUUGAAGCUAAGAAAGCCAUGGCUCCUGAGAAGCUUGCUGAGCUAUGGACAAUUGAUCCCAAAAGAGCCAAAAGAAUUCUGGCUAAUCGGCAAUCGGCUGCUAGAUCAAAGGAGCGGAAGGCGCGUUAUAUAUCUGAACUGGAGAGGAAAGUUCACACCCUUCAAACUGAAGCAACCACUCUUUCUGCUACACUCACUCUAUUCCAGAGGGAUACCACAUGUCUGAGUAACGAGAAUGCUGAGCUUAAGCUCCGUUUGCAAGCGAUGGAACAACAGGCUCACCUACGUGAAGCAAUAAACAAAGCAUUGAAGAAUGAAGUUGAAAGACUGAGAGUAGCAACUGGGGAAACAAAAAACCCUUCUGAGGUCUACAAUAUGGGAAUGCAACGAAUUCCUUAUGAUAGUCAACAAAUCUUGUUUUCACAAUCAGGCCCGACAAACGAUUCUCAGAGUAUGCAGGUUCCACAAUAUCAUCAUCCCCUCCAAUGGCAGAAGGAUCCUCCUAUUGGUCACUUCCAAGGUCUAGAUAUCAAUGGCAGGGGCUCCCAUGUCAUUAAGACCGAAACCCCAUCAAUAUCUGCCAGUGAAAGCAACAACAGUACAACGACAUUCUAAUCCCUAUAUACUUAUUUAUUUAUUGCAUUGUUUAUAGACCUGACCCCCACCAUGUUUAACGUGGCAUAGAAAACCAUCUCACCAUUCUUCAAGAGCGAGGAUGACCGUCCGCUGCAAAUAUUUGUGGUUAACAAAUGGAUACUGCAGUGGACAGUAUCCUUGACUGUUCUUCAAUUCGUUCAAUCUUUCUUUCUUUUACCUUCUCGCCCAUGUCCAUGGGCGCUCACUUGUUCUCUUUUUGUUCUUUUGGUUCUUGUUUUUUUGGGGCUCAACUUGGGGAAGCAUUUCUUCUUUGUUGUUGUAAUAUUCAUGUAUUAAUAACAUUUCAACUCAUUGUUGAACUGCUGUUUCAAGUCACUGGAGGCGUGAGACUUGUGUUGAUUGGUUCUACACUUGUACUCAUGCUUUUAUAGGUAUUAGUGGACUAAGGGAUAAGUACUACAUUCUCUCUUCAGGACUUUUAUAUACAAUUUGUCACUGUACUAAGAUGUCGGUUCUAUUUUAAAAGGACCAAUUGAGAAUAAUAAAGUAUGGAGUAUGUGGUAUUUUUCAUAUCACAUUUAGAUUUAAGUA